UGGUGUGGAGCUGCAGAUAUUCACAUAAUGAUAUUUUCCUAUAAUCAGAAGUUCUCAUAUGAAGUAGGUUUACAUGCUUUACAACCAGCCUGGUUUGGUUUACGUAAAAUACAGAACGAAAGCACCAACAUCCAUAUCUGAAAUGCUGCUGCUUGAAAUAUUAGCAUAAGAACAACAGUGGGUAGAAAACAGUUUUCAGCAGUGAAAAUGAUUUUGAUUGUAUUAAAAUUGGCACUGUCAACUUCAUUGGAACUGCAUCUGUGGAACCAGGACUAUAUGUGAAUUUAUCAUAAUGCUCAGUACAUACCUGAGGUUUUAAUGCCGACCAAUAAAAAAAUACCUCACUACUCCCCUUUAAGUCAGUCUGCCUUGCUAGUGAGUGUUGUGUCCACACAGUGUCGGAGACAGUCUGCUCCACGGUCUGGUCUGGUCCAGCUAACAUUAGCUGAUUGACCUGCUUGGCUCAGAAGCUGGACGGAUUUCACGGAUGACAGUGUUUUAUUUUUAGGCCCGAUAAAGUUAAAAACCAAACGCUGGAUGGUAAUCAGUAAGACGUAACUGGAACGGGAAGCCGUCAAUGCCAAGAAAGAAGCGUCAGUUUAUCAUUGUUAACCUUGAAAAGCUGGAAAAAAAAAUUAUUUUCGCUGGACCUGUUGAUUGAUGUCAGCACCUCUUCGUCUUCAGGACACGAUCCAUGGCAAAGUGGCUGAAGGACUACCUAAACUUUGGCACCAGGCGUGACCCUCCACAGCCCCCGAGGCCAGAUUACACCGAGAGUGAGAUUUUGAGGGCCUACAGAGCUCAGAAGGAGCUAGAUUUUGAGGACCCGUACCAGCACUCUGAUAAGGAGCAUCAGAAUGGUGGUUUCAGCUCCUGUAGCGCUACAGUGAGCCUUCCCUCUUUCCCUGCAUUUGGUUCAGUGCUGUCUAACGGUGUGGAGGUGAAAGUGGUGUCUCCCAAGCACAGAUUGAUUAAAGUGGACUCUCAGGAGUUCGGCCGCUGUAAAGUCCCCCUGAGCCCUGUGACUGUUCAAGAGGAACCUGUGGUUCCCUCCGCCCCUGCUGCGUUGGACGCUGACACAGACUACUCUGACCCAUUUGAUGUUCGUCCAGACCCAAGAGGCAGACACAACUGGGAGCCAAAAUCAGCACCAACAGACUGCUGCAGCUACAUGGAGCCAUUUGAGGCCCAGCGGAUCAUCACAGAACUUCAACACAACAUGAUGACUAACAGGUCUGGGAGCGGAGAUGGAGGUCAGUUAUAUGACAACCCGUAUGAGGAGCGGGCUCGUCACCACCUCCGAGCUGCUCCACCAGCACAACAGACUCAGAGGGUUGAGGGUGGAUUUGCCCAGAUAGACAGCAGGGAGAGCAGGCUCCCUCAGGAUGAUGAGAGGCCGGCUGAUGAAUAUGACCAGCCAUGGGAGUGGAAGAAGGACAACAUUUCUAAAGCUCUAGCAGUUCAGUUUGAAGGAGCAGAAAGGGAGCGCUCACGAGGGCAGACAGAGCAGACCAGGCUCACCAAGGCGGGAGCGUCAUCAACCACGACUGAACCAACUACACUCCGUCUGGUCGGUGACACGCCUCCUCUCCUGGGAGAGAGAGUGGAUCCAUCUGUGCCACUGGAGAGACAAGUGUGGUACCACGGAAGCCUGAGCCGCUCAGAGGCAGAGUCUCUGCUGACUCUGUGCAAGGAGAGCUCCUACCUGGUGAGGAACAGCCAGACCUGCAGGAACGACUACUCGCUCUCACUCAGGAGCUGUAAGGGCUUCAUGCACAUGAAGUUCACUCAGUCUGCAGACGGGCGUUACGUACUCGGAGAGAACAGCCCUCCCUUCUCCACCAUCCCCGAGGUCAUCCACUACUACACUACACACAAGCUGCCAAUCAGAGGAGCUGAGCAUAUGUCCCUGCUGUAUCCUGUCAUAGUACAGACCCUCUGACACUGACAUACUCAUACGCUCCUUCUCCUGGUGCUACUGAAUACAAUAUGUACUCAAUAUUUACCUUUUUUUUUUUUUUGCCAAUUUCCUUUCCUACAUGCCCUUCCAUUCUACCUGCACUGCUCACAAGGUAUUGGACUGUUGGGUGCCAUAUUUUCUGUUGACCAUAACCCCAGUAACUACACUGGCAGCUUGAUAAGGGAGCUCAGUGACUCAUGAAUAUAUGCCUGUGAACUGGUUUGAUCACUGAAAUUCACAUGUUUUAAUACCACGGACUUCUGAGAAUUGGCGUCAGCAUCACUGAUAUACAAUAUAAGGUUGGUAGCCAAGUGCUGUUAGGAAAAAACAAAAAGACAAACUUGUCUUGAGACAUUUGAAUCUACAGAUUACUGCAUGGAGAUUUGUGUCUUUUUGCUGUAUUGCAGAGAGACUGUACUGCCAGGUCACUUAAAGGACAGUUGUGGUGUUUUCCUUUUGCUUUGUGCCAUUAAGGUAGCAGUUAUUUUCUUGUGAAUUCUAAUUUUGAGCUGACAAAAAAAAAAAAAAUCAAACAAAAUGAUGAAUAGGAGGCAUUGGGGAUUUUAACUAGUUGUAGGCAUUAGAAAAUGCGGUAAAAAAAGAAGUGCUGUGAAAAAGUGCUGUAACUGCAAACAGCACUUUUAUUAUUCUUUUAAGUGUUAGUUACAAUAUCAACCAAACACUACAUAUUUAACCCCAGCUGUCUCUGGGUUCCUCUGUGUUUCACAGGCCUGUGAAUGUUAUUUGAUGCUGUAGCUGCAUACCCUGCAGUGUCCUCCUCUGUCCAUGUUAUGUGUGAACAACAACAAAGUUGAAAAAUAAGGCUCGACGUGACUUGUUAACUUCACACAGCAACAGACUCCUGCAAUACUAGUUUAGAGAAAAAUAACUACAGUAUUAUAUCGAAAGCUUGUGGCUUUGUGAUCAUGACUAUUAAAGAAGCUUUGGUAGAUUAUUUACUGUUUCUUCCUGUUUUUAUAAGAUUUUAAGUAUGUGUUGAAAAUAAAGGUGUCUUCUGUUUUUAAAUUG